CCUACAUCCGGUUUCGGAACAGUUUACUGACUCUGACAAGUUGUAUUGUUGUUGUUCUUAGAAACCAUUCAAGAAGCAUCGUUGAAGUUAAAUGUCUGAUGGUUGACAAACUUCAAUAACAAUGGUUGUGGCAGAUUCCAUGGAAAACAAGAGAGGUAAAGAUGAGUUCCCUAGAGUUUGGGUUCCUGAUCCAGUUGAUGGCUAUUGUUUAGGGAAUAUUGUAGACAUUUUGGCUGAUACAGUUUCAGUACAGCUUUUAAAAUCUAAUCAGAUUCGUCAGGAGCUGUAUGAGAGUACUCUAGCUGCUGAAGAAAUUGAAAAUAAGGAUGUUGAUGAUAAUUGCAGUCUCAUGUAUUUAAAUGAAGCAACUCUGCUUAACAACAUAAGACUUCGAUAUGAAAAAGAUAAAAUUUAUACUUAUGUUGCCAACAUUCUUAUUGCUGUUAACCCAUAUUUUGAGAUCAAAAAUUUGUAUUCUUCUAAUACUAUUGCACAAUAUGAAGGGAAAAGUUUGGGAGUACUUCCACCUCAUGUAUUUGCUAUAGCUGACAAAGCAUUCCGUGAUAUGCGUGCAUUGAAAUCAAGCCAGUCAAUCAUUGUCAGUGGGGAAUCUGGAGCUGGCAAAACUGAGUCUACCAAGUAUAUCUUACAUUAUCUUUGUAAAUCUUGGGGCUGCCAUGCAGGACCAAUUGAGCAAAGAAUACUGGAUGCUAAUCCAGUUUUGGAAGCAUUUGGCAACGCCAAGACCAUGAGGAACAAUAACAGUUCUCGUUUUGGCAAAUUUAUUGAAAUACAUUUUAGUAGCAAGUUUUCUGUUGUUGGUGGAUUUAUAAGUCAUUACCUGUUGGAGAAAAGUAGAAUUUGUUCUCAAAAUGAUGGCGAAAGAAAUUAUCACAUCUUUUACCAGCUAUGUGCUGGGGCCCCAGCUGAAAUGAAGAAAAAAUUGCAAUUGUCUAGUCCUGAUAAAUUUCAUUAUUUAAAAAAGAGCUGUACCCAGUAUUUUACAUCAUCAGAAACUGAGAAGCUGUUGAAUCAGGACUCUAAAUCAUGUGACCAGAAACAAAAGGGCUCUCUACACGACCCUAUGCUGGAUGAUAUUCUAAAUUUCCGCACAUUAGACAAAGCUCUAAAUAAUAUGGGUUUGACAGAUUCUGAUCGGCUGAAUAUUUACACUGUGGUAGCAUCAGUUUUACAUCUAGGCAAUGUUGCUUUUGAAGAUAAUCCAGAUGACUGUAAAGGGGGAUGUCGUUUAGCACCUAAUGCUAUUGAGAACUUGCGCAUUGUUGGAUCGCUGUUACAAGUUGAUUCUGAAUUUCUCAAGCAAAGUUUAUUAAGUCGAGUGAUGCAAACAAGUAAAGGAGGAGCAAAGGGAACUAUUUAUAUGGUCCCACUGAAAGUUCAUGAAGCUCAAAAUGCUCGAGAUGCUUUAGCUAAAGCACUGUAUUCCAGAUUGUUUGAUUAUAUAGUUCACUGCAUCAACAAAAGCAUACCUUUCAGUUCAUCUUCAUAUUAUAUUGGUGUUUUGGAUAUAGCUGGUUUUGAGUACUUUCAAGUAAACAGCUUUGAACAGUUUUGCAUUAACUACUGUAAUGAAAAACUUCAACAGUUUUUUAAUGAACGCAUUUUAAAAGAAGAACAGGCACUUUAUGAAAGAGAACAUUUGAAUGUUCGAAAAAUUGAUUAUAUUGAUAAUCAAGAUUGUAUAGAACUUCUUGAAAAUAAAGCAUCUGGUAUUUUUGAUCUAUUGAAUGAAGAAAGCAAACUACCUAAAUCUAGUCAUACUCAUUUUACAAGUAUGGUUCAUAAUCAAAAUAGUGGCCAUUUCCGUUUAGACUUUCCUAGAAAGUCAAAGCUUAAGUAUCAUAGGGAAAUUAGAGAUAAUGAAGGAUUCUUGAUUCGCCACUUUGCUGGUGCUGUUUGCUAUGAAACUGUUUCUUUUCUUGAAAAAAAUAAUGAUGCCCUCCAUGCAUCAUUAGAAAGUGUAAUAUUGGAGUCUGAAAACAACUUUAUUCAGAAUUUAUUUAAAAGUGAAUCAUCUUCUCAGAAUACCAAAGGAAAAUUAAACUUCAACAGUGUUAGCAGUAAAUUCAGAAGCCAACUUAAUGAAUUAAUGACAAAACUGAGAAAUACUGGAACUCAUUUUGUGAGAUGUAUAAAACCUAAUUUCAAAAUGGUUGAUCAUUGUUUUGAAGGAAAUCAGAUUCUUGUACAACUUCGUUGCUCAGGUAUGACAUCUGUUUUGCAACUAAUGCAGCAGGGGUAUCCAUCAAGAGCACAAUUUUCAGAAUUAUAUGAUAUGUACAAAAAGAGCUUACCUCCUGAUCUAGCUCGAUUGGACCAUCGUUUAUUUUGCAAGUCUCUCUUCAGAGCACUGGGGUUAGAUGAGAAAGAUUUUUGCUUUGGUGUAAAUAAAGUAUUCUUCAGACCAGGAAAGUUUGCUGAGUUUGAUCAGAUUAUGAAAUCUGAUCCAGAAAAUUUGGCAAGCUUAAUUAAGAAAGUGAAGAAGUGGUUGAUACAGUCUAGAUGGAGAAAAGCAAUCUGGGGAUCCCUAGCUGUUAUAAAACUGAAAAAUAAAAUUCUAUACCGAAAAGAUCAUCUCCUUGUGAUUCAGAAGAACGUGCGCAUGCAUUUCACCCGUCAGAAGUAUCGACCCAGAUAUAUGCAUAAUUACAAAAUGAGAAAACUGGUUAAAAGGUUAGAAUCUAUGACUGAAACUGUGAAUCAGUUAAAGGGUGGAAAAGAAGAAACAGCUCAAAAAAUAAAGCAUCUUUAUAAUGCUAUGCAGAAUAGUAUGACAAAUGCUAGAGUUAAUCAUACAAGUGCUGAGAAACUUGAAAAAGAAUAUGCAACUUUUGUAAAUGAUGUUGAUGGAAUAUUGGUGAUGUUGCAUAAGAAACUUGAUCAACAAAAAAUUGAAGAGGAACAAGAGCGGAUUAGAAAAAUACAGAAAGAAAUGGAGCAAGAGCGUUUACAGAAAGAGGAAGAAAAUAAGAGGAAAAUAGAGGAAGAAGAUAUGAAACGAAGGAAAGUAGAGUUAGAGCUGCAGAGGAAACUUGAAGAGCAAUUAAGGAUUGAAGAAGAAAAAGCAAACCAAAAACAAGCUGAAGCUUUCAGGGCUGAACUACUUCUGCGGGAAGAAGAUGAGAUGAAAAAGCAACUACAAGAACACAGUGAUCAUGAACUUGCUUUGAGAUUAGCUCAAGAUAUGAAUGGGAUUCCUGAUGAAGUUGUGACUCCACCUAGAUUACCUAGGUCUGCAUAUGUAAUGCAACAACAAGAACAGCUUGCCUCUAAGAAAUAUGAUUUAUCCAAGUGGAAGUAUUCUGAAAUUAGAGAUACAAUUAAUACAUCAAUUGACUUAGAACUUCUUCAAGCUUGUAGAGAAGAAUUUCAUCGCAGAUUAAAGAAUUAUCAAAACUGGAAAGUAAAAAAUAUGCAAAAAGGAGGGCCAAGUCAAAACCGUGUGCCAGAUUCCAUAAUGCAGUCUGCUAAAGCUGUACCACCAAUGCCUCCUAAGCGUAAUUCAUCUCUAAAUUCUACUGCUACACAUAGAUAUUUUCGUAUUCCAUUUGUGAGACAAAAUUCCCCCCAGAAAGGGUGGUGGUAUGCACACUUUCAUGGUCAGUGGAUUGCACGUCAAAUGGAACUACAUCCUGACAAACCUCCUAUACAACUUAUUGCAGGUAAAGAUGACAUGCAAAUGUGUGAGUUGAGUUUGGAUGAAACAGGAUUAACUAGAAAAAGGGGAGCUGAAAUACUUGAAGAGGAGUUCAAUGCUGUUUGGGACAAGCAUAGUAGUGCUAAUAAUUUGUGUGAAAAUUGAAUUAGGUUGCUAAUCAAAAUUUUGUAUUUUGUUAAUAUUGAGCUUUAAAAAAUUAAAUUUCUUGACACAUUAACCAUGUUAGAAUUCUUCUUUACAUAAGUAGUUUGUAUAUUUCAAACUACUAUUAUGAAAUAAUUAUAGUUAAAGCUAUUAUUAAUUUUUUUGUACUCAAAAUAUUUUAUCAAAGUACUAUUUUGAUCUGUUGAUUUGAAGUGUGAAGUUUCUCCAUUUUAUUAAGCAGUUUUUGUGAUCUUAUUAUGAUAUGUUUUAACCCUCAGGUGCAUUCACCGAUGAACAUAAUGUUUCUUCCCUGUGCACUGUUUCUCUAUUUAUUAACAUACUUUAAAGAGAAGCAUCCAUUUGAAAUUUGGGUUUUUAUGUUCAAAACUGUCUUACGAUUGUUGUUAUAGUUUUUUUAUUAUUAUUAUUUUAAGAUCUUGUGCUGGGAGUCAGAUUUAUGAAAAAUGAAACUCAAUUGUUUGCUUAAGUUAUUUGAAUUAUACUUUCAUGUUUUUUUUAUUUUGAAAACAAAUCUUAUUUGAGGUGCAAUAAUUUGUAAGGAAGCUUGUUUUCUUUUCUUAAUGAUAAUUCAAGAUGAAUAAAUUAAAUUAUUAUUUUUCCUAAUAUUUAUUUCUUAAUCAAAUCAAAAUAAUAAGAUUUCUGAAACCUUUAGUUUUGAUAGACUGAAAAUAUGUCCCAUCAUCUAACAAUGGUCUUUUAGCCUGCCACAAAAGUAAAAUGAAAAUUAGGUAGUGAAAAAUGUUUUUACUUUUGUAGACUUUUCUUUGAUUUUAACUUAUUAAAUUUAAAAUAGUUAAAUGCUUCAGCAUUUUUUAAUGAGUUACUUAUUAAAUGCAUACCAAUUAAAUAGUUCUAGUACUUUGUUUAGACUUUUUUUUGUCUGUUUUCCCUUUGAAUUUUGUUGAUAUCUUUGAAGAUGUUCAAAAUAUUUUGUGAUUAUUCUCUUAAUUAAUUUGAAAGACUCUUCUUUUUGUUUGUGUGUGGUUUUUUAAUAAGGUAACUAGCAUUUUUAAGUUGGUGAAAAAUCAAGUUUGACAUAUUUUAUUGUAAUGUUUAGUUUAGUUCAUAGCUAUAUGAAUAAUUAAUAUUUAUGCAUGAUGACUGUUAAGUAAAUGGAGUGAUAAUACAGAAUUUUUAUCAUAACUUAUUCUCUAUUUUUUUUUUAAAAUCGCACAUACUAAUCUCAAACACACUUUUAAAAUUUUUUUUAAAGUAUUUUAAAUUCAAUUUUUUCUUCUGGAGCUUGAAUUUCUAAAAACAUAAAGCAAAAGUGAAUAUUGUAUAUUCCAGUGUAUAAGUCAACCCUUUUCUUUUUGAUUACUAGUUAAAGAAUUUCUGGUAUGUCGAGUGAAUUGUCGACCACUGAAAAAACAAACAUAAAAAAUUCUAUUUUAUUGUAAAAUCUUUUAAAAACUGUGGGAUUUUGAAUUUUGUGAAGACCAUUUUGCAGAUAAGAAUGAAAUAGAAUCCAUAAGACGACACUGCUAAAGUUAUCAAAUUCAACACAUAUGAUGUUCUCGAAGAUUUAUAUUUGUAGCUUUAUGGUUUGUUUUAAAAGUUUUCAUUGUGUUAUAUUUUUUAAAAUGCUCUUGAAUAAAUUUUCUUAAGUUUCCUUAUUCUUAUUUUUUGAUCUGAAUACAAUUAGUGUUGUUUCUAAAAAAUUUUUAUAAAUAAUUAAAAUAAGAGAAAAUGCAAAAUUAAUUGUAUUAAACAUAUUAAAAACAGAUUUUGAAAGAGGUAAAGUGAUUCAGAGUAAUUCAUAGCUAUUUCAUUGUUUAUAAUGUAUCGAUAUUUCAUGAUCAAUGAUUGUUGAACUUUAUUACCCGUGUAUAAAUAGACUCCUUAAGUUUUGUAAAAUUUUGGGGGUUGAAAAAGUCGACUUAUGCACUGGGAUGUAUGGUAGUUCAGUGUCCCAUAACUCAUUUUGACUGUUUAUGUGAAGAAAGUACUUUUAAAAUGAUUUGCUGAAGUAUCCUUUUUAUUUCUUGUUGAUUCUUUUAGUUUAAUUAUAACUUUUGAAUUAGUAAAAUAUGUUCUGUUUGAAUCAGUUUUCAAGUCAUAAUUUUGUAUGCAAUAUUUUUUUUUGUCUCACUUUGUCUUAUAUUUACUUGAUUUAUAGCAUUUGUCCUAUUAUUUUUAUACUUACAAAAGAGCUCUCUGUGAUAAAAAAAUACUUAAAGGAUUAUUCACAUAUAGUUAGAUGUUCUAUGUCAAAAUCAACUUUUCUGUUGUUUUUUUAUAUGUAACAUUUUUUAAAGACAAAAAAUUUAUAAAUAAAAUUUAUGUAUACUUGUAAUCCAUUCCUACUAUACACUUCUUAAUUCACUCUCUUUCUUUCAAUAAAUGUAAGUUUUAUGACUGGCAAAUCUAUUAGCAAAGAUAAAAUAGAUUUCUUACACAAAAUAUUUGAUAGAAACUUCAUAAAUAUUAAUUAAUUAUUUAUUUAUUUUCAGAUAUUUUAACUUACACUCAUUUUUUUAAAAAAAAAAAAUGCAUUUACCACAGAUGUUUUAUUUUAAAAAUUGUCUUUUGCAAUUAUACAUUUUAGAAGAUUAAAAAACUGAGCAAAAAAAAAUUUUUUUUUUGCUGACUUUGAGAAAUAUUUUAUUGUUGAGUUGAGUAUCAUAAUUCUUGGUGAAAUGUUUCAUUAUUUGUGUAAAAAGAUAAGAUAUUUUCUAUUGUAUGCUUUUAUUUUGAAAUUAAACAUGCAUUAACUAUAACUGUUUUCUUAUUGUUUUAUUAGAAAGCAAAAAAUAUCCAUACUUAUUAAGAAAUUACUUAAUGAAUUGCAAAAUUACUUCCAGUGAAAAUUACUUAAGCUUCAUCUGAGAAAUGAUAAAGGCUUCUUGAAAAUCAUUUACUUUCUUAUUAAUUCGAAAUUGCUUUUAAUGAUUUUUUUAAAAUUUUCUCUUUUUUGUUUAAGUCAUUAUGUUGACAUUUUAAUAAGGAAUUUUUUUUUUACUGUAUUUGUAAAGCAUAGUAGAGUAUGCAUCUUUAAAGCACUCUGUUAUUCAGAGCUGUCUUAACUUACAUACAUUCGAUGGAAACAAAGUUCUAAUCCAUGUUUACUUUCUGAAGGAGCUUUAAAUAAUUGUUGUUUAAUGUAAUACAAGUGCCAGAUAAAUUGUUUCAGGCUUGUUGAUUCGAUAUCUGUAAUGAGGGGUUUAUAUAAUAUAUAAUCUGAUUUUAUUUGGAUUUCAGAAUCAUGUUUAACAAACUGAGCAUUUGCUACACCUAAAGAUAUCUUUUUCUCUUCUGUUAUUUAUUAUGAAUGCUGCUCAUUAAUGAGUAAUAUAUAUGCAGACUUGCCUAAGAGUGAAAUGCUUGGUCAUUUAAGUAAAUUUUCUAAGAUUAUUAUACUAUCUUUUAUCACAAACUUUUCUAAUCUAAUAAGUUAUAUCCUUUCAAUAUAAAGUUAUAUAAUUUCAUUUAAAUUUAAUGCUAAACUCUUAUAUUUCUCCUUUGAGUCAUUUUAUCUUGUGUUUUUAAGUACUGAUGAAUGAUUUAAUAUUGGAAAUAUUUCAUACUAUUUUUAAUAAGUGUAAUAUUUUUAAAUUUGUGUGAUUUUUAAGAAAUAUUAGUUCCUGUGUGAGCAUACUUUAUUAAGUAAUGUAUACAUACUAGUGUUUGUUUAUUUAUAAUUUACAUAUUUUUAAUAUAACUUAAAAUAAAAUUAUUUAUUUCACAGGUUUUUAUAGCAUUAGAUCUAUGGUUCUGACGUUUUUUUUUCAUGUAUAUUUAUUUUUUAUCUUUGAAAAUUUCCCAAUGAAUUUGUCAAAGUAUGCUUUUAUAUUUAUUUAUCGAGAACUUAUCUAUUUACUCAAUAUUUAAUGAAGAUCGUAUACUAUAAAAAUUAAAUUUUUAUGUGUCUAUAUAUAUGUGUGUUUGUGUUAAACCUAAAUCUGAUAUUUCCAAAGAAUUUUUUUAUUUAUGAUUUGUUUAUUUCCAGCUGCUUUAUCGCACAUUUAUAUUUUGAAGAAAACAUUCCAUAAUAGUGCUUAAAAAUAUAUAUCUAUAUUCAAGUGCAAUUAUUUUAAGCAAAACUGAAUUGAUAUAUUUUGAUAUACAAUAAUAAAUUAUCAAACUAUCUUAUUCUUUUGGUAGUUUAUAUUCAAAAUUUCUAUUAAGCUGUUAUAUAUGUGUUGAUAAUGAUGGAAAAUGUUGGUUUCUUUUAAAAUUUAUGUUAUAAAAUAUAAAAUGCAUUGCUGAUUUUUCAUUAUUUAAGAAAAUUGUAUCACGUAUGAUUGAUUCAAAGUAGUUUUUAUAGUGAAAAAUUUUCAUGUGUUGUAAGUCAUAUUGGGUUUUAUAUUGCUAGUCUUUGUUGCACUUAUGUCUUUGUAUAACUGCAUUUGGUGUUGGGGCAGCUUAAUGAAAUUUUUUAUUUCCAAUAAAAUGAAUUUGUCUUA